AUGGAGAAAGCGGAUAUCACCGAUGAAUUCCACAACUUACUGGGGAGCUUCUGGGUAGUUCAUUGUAACUUGAUCGGGAAUCGUGCAAUUCAAGGUUGCACUUUGGUUGCCAGUCUUGAACGUGAGGGCUAUCAUGUUCCUAGUCCAAGACCCCAGCUCAAAAACCUGGCAAUGGGGCACCACUGUUUGGCG